UAUUUUGUAUUUUGUAAACAAAAGGCAAAUUACGAUUUUAAAAGAACUAUUGUAAAACUAAAACAAACGUUAAUUAUGUACCUAUUAUAUUAAAUACGUAUUAAAUAAGGUGCCUCAAAAUUAUAAUUUGAAGCUAUUUCUUUACAGCACCUUUUGAGGUUAUAUUGAUAAACCUGAAAAGAAAAUGAUAUUUUCAUGGGGUGCUAACUCACACGGUCAACUUGGCCUUAGUACUGUAAACGAACAAGUAGAAAAGGCUCACCAGGUUCUAAUAGAUUCUGCUUUAAACGCAGUAGAAGUUAAACAAGUAGCUUGUGGCGGUGGACAUACGCUCCUGUUGGAUAUCGAAGGUAAACUGUUUUCUUGUGGUUGGAAUCAUAAACUACAAUUGGGAACAGAUAAGGAAUGCAGUUCCUUUGAAAGAGUAUGGAACUUGGGAGGUAUAGUUUUUACCAAUAUAGCAUGCGGCUGGGACUUCAGCUGUGGAGUGACAGAUGACAACUUCCUUUUUGUAUGGGGUUCAAAUAGUAAUGGCGAACUGGGACUGCCAAAAGACCAUUUCCCAGAAGUAGUCAAACCAUUCAGACUGCAGGUCAAUGCAUGUGAAGUAUCAAUGGGUUUACGACAUACAGCCAUAAUAAACUCAAAGGGUGAAGUUUGGAUUACUGGGUGUGGAAGGCAUGGACAGCUUGGACUAGGAGAUGAGUUGAAGUCAUCUGACAGAUUCCAACAAGUACCAAAACUUGGCAAAAUAUCUCACAUAGCAUGUGGUCAGAACCAUACAACUGCAUGGUGUUCAGAUGAAAAAGCACUGUAUGUAUGGGGGGACAAUAGACAUGGACAACUUCUACUGGACAAAGAAAAAUAUAAAAAAGUUUUCACUGCACAAAAAAUUGACAUUGGUGUAAAGCAAGGUGUGAAAAAGCUGCUUAGUGGCUGGACUAACAGCUUGUUGUGGCUUGAGAAUGGCACUCUUAUAACAUGGGGACGAAACAAUUAUGGACAACUUGGUACUGAUGAAAAUAUCUGUGGUAAAUUAGUACAUGUAAAAAUACCAGAUGGUAAAGAAAUUAAAGAUAUUGCAUUGGGUUCAGAACACACUAUUUGCUUGAUGACUGACAACAGCCUUUGGGCUUGGGGUUGGAAUGAGCAUGCCAAUACAGCUACUAAAUUGGCAGAACCAUUUAUUUCAAACCCAACUCUGGUUGAUUUAGACAUAGAUCCAAGUUUGUGCAUUACCCAAAUUUAUGCUGGUAGUGCUCAUAACUUCAUUGUGACCAAACAAAGCGAAACUUCAAAAAAAGAAAGUGAAAAAACUGAAAAUAAAGCUUCAUAAUCAAAUACUCAAACUAAUCUAGUCAGUUCAGUGAUUUUAAAAUGGUCAGACGACCUUAACCAAUUUUAUAAGGUGCUUUAUAUUGUAUUAUUAUAAUUAAAAUGAUUUUAAUCUGAAUAAAAAUUGUUACAUGUUACGUUGGAUUUAAUUCAUUAAAAUACCUUAUCCUUAAUUUUCAAUAAAACAUCAUUGUUUUUAUCACAUACAAAAUAUUUUAAUUCUAAUUUUAUUAUAUUAAGCUUUUAUUAACUACUAUUACUUACAUCCCAUGCUGUAAUAAUGGGGUCGAACAGGACAGUUAUUGGCAUCUGCUGCUGUAUUACUAGUAGUCCUAUGUAUGUAUAACUGCACGACUUAAAAAUACUUAUUUUCAAUUUGUAAUGCUGUUAAACAUUGAACUGUAUAUGAAAAAUACUUUCUGAACUGAAAUGAAUACUUAUAAUUAGUGCCACAUUUUAAAACAACACACUUAACUUACUUCAAACUCAAGAUCUUCAAGGCAUGGAUAUGUAAAACUAAAAAUUAAACCUAUC